CGCGCAGCCGCCGACCCCUGGUGGUCCCCCGGGCUUGGGUCCUUUCCGGAGGAGUCGGCUGCAGGCGGGGAGGGAAUUGCUGGGAGGCUGAGAGCUGCUCGGCCGCGAGUCCUGUGGGGUCGCGAGCAUGUGGUUUUGGCCAAAUUGGGCGAGGGCACAAAAUAACCACUUACCCCUUCUCACCGAGGAAGAACGGGAGAAAGGGUAUGGCACAGUCAAAAGGCUGGGUGAGAAGAUACUUCAAGGCUUUCUGUAAAGGCUUUUUUGUAGCAGUGCCCGUGGCCGUGACUUUCCUGGAUCGGGUGGCCUGUGUGGCCAGAGUGGAGGGAGCGUCAAUGCAGCCUUCUUUGAAUCCUGGGGGGAGCCAAUCAUCUGAUGUAGUGCUUUUGAACCACUGGAAAGUGAGGAAUUUUGAAGUACAACGUGGUGACAUUGUGUCAUUGGUGUCCCCUAAAAACCCAGAACAGAAGAUCAUUAAAAGAGUGAUUGCUCUUGAAGGAGAUAUUGUCAAAACUAUGGGACACAAAAACCGGUAUGUCAAAGUUCCCCGGGGUCACAUCUGGGUUGAAGGUGAUCAUCAUGGACACAGUUUUGACAGUAAUUCUUUUGGGCCGGUUCUCUAGGCUCAGGAAGAAGAACUAAGAGCUGCAGUUUUAAAGGUUUCCCUAGGACUUCUGCAUGCCCAUGCUACACAUAUCUUGUGGCCUCCAGAGCGCUGGCAGAAACUGGAAUCUGUUCUUCCUCCAGAGCGUUUACUAGUUCAGAGCGAAGCAGAAUGAUGGCAUGGGUCUCCCUCAGCUGCUGACAUUGGGAGGCCAAUACCACCAAUCACAGGAAAAGUAAUGGAUGAGCCUUCAAAAGGGCAAAGCUUGUUUCAAAUGAGAUGAUCCAUAUUAUUAAAGAGUUUUAACAGUAUUAAAUAGCAACUGAUUUUGUGUUUAAUUGUAAUACCCUAUUGUUUAAUGCCAAAAAAAUGCAGACCUUUGGGAAUAUGAAAAUCUUAUUCCCAUGUCUUAAUUUGGGGAUAAAUUUGAGAAUCUUUGUUGUGUAUACUUAUCCCAUUGAUUGCUGAGUUUUAAUUUUGGUGCUUGCUGGUGAAAGAAUAUGAAAAUUAAUAUUGGAUGAAAGUAAUUGAGUAAUGUCAUUUACUCUUAAGAUGAAACAUGUAGUGAUGGGAAUUAUAUCAUGAUUGACAGUAUUUACAAUACACUGACCACCAGUUAGGAAGAACAGUAAACUGUAAUGUAAAAAUAAAAUACUGAUUUGCUCA